AGAGUGAGGCGAUCUACCUAUUUCCUAAAAUGGUCUAAUUAAAUACUUUUGCAUCGUCUAACCAAAACAGAAAAAAAAGAACAACACUCAAAAAAAAUAAAACCAUUUUGAUUUUGACAACCAAAAAUUUCAAGGUACCAAAAAUAAUUGAAAGUGUUUGCAACAGACAGUUGAAUUCGAUUGAUCAUUGGUCUUAGGUUCUAUCACGUAUAUAGUGACUAUAAGCCAUUGAAUUGCAUUGAUUGAUCAUGUCAUGGGAAUCUACACCGGCGUUUUUGGUGGGUAAGAUCAUUAAACCCUUUACACCAUUAGAUAAGGACCCUAAUUUAAAGAAUCCCAAUUUUAGAAAUUUAUAUCCUGGUGAUGAAGUUUAUAUCUUUGAGACUAAGAGGGAGAAAUGGGCUAGAGGUUAUGCUUUAACCAAACCAUUUCCUAAUGAUUUCACUAUCACUUCAGUUAAUUUGGAUGAUUUACCUCUGGUAAAUCAACAUAUUGUUAUUUUCCCCUUGAAAUUUGUUCAAGUUACAGCUAAGGUUCCCUUUGAAACUAUAUCAGUCCAUAAUGGGUUUAAUAAUAUCGUUGAUUCAGAGACUGUUCCUUCGAUUCAACAGGCUGAACAGGAUUAUAAACUGGCUCUUAAUGGUGAUGUGGAUACUCUUGUUUCUAGUAAUGGGAGUGGAACAACCACCACUAAUGAUACCCAGAGUAAAGUUCCUAUAUUACCUAUAAAGACAUUCCAACUUGGAGAAGACUUACAAAGUGAAAUCAAACACGCUUUGGAAUUAUUAACUUAUCAUAUAUUCGCGUUAUAUUCCAUUGGUGAAUUCAGAUUAUAUAAUAAAUUAGCUGAAAUUUAUCAUAAUUUAAAUUAUACUAGAAUCAAAUUAAAACAUAAUUUAUUAACUUCAAAUGAAACUCAAAGUGCAAAGGAAACAACUACCUUUUUAUUAAAUAAAAUUCCAAAGAAAUUAGGUUCAAAAUCAGCCAGAUUAAAUUCUCAAUCUUAUGAUUUAGAUAAUGAUGAUACUGAUAUUUCUGGUUAUAAGGCUCUCUUAGCUAGAGAUCCUAUCACUGGUGAACUUCUUUCGAAUGAUAAUUCGACUGCCCCAUAUAUGGCUUUAGAACAAUUGUUAGGUUCAUUAGAAUCAACUUACCCUAUUCAUGCUGCUGCAAAACGAAGUUAUUAUUCAUUAGAACCUCCUUCAAAUAAAAAAUUACUUGCCGAUCCUCCAUCUCAUAUCUUAGUCGAUUUCAAAUCAGUAUCAGGAUCAUCAGCUUAUCAACCGCCUGGUUUCCUGGGUAUGACAGCUUAUUUGUAUAUUCGUAAUAGUCGAAAAAGAUUAACAGAGGCAUUUGCUAUUCAUACCAAUUCAGUUGAUGAAUUAGUUCAAGUUGAAAAGAUUAGUGCUGCUCUCUUUAGAAAUAUUCCUUAUAGUGAAAUUGAAAAUAGUAGAGUGUAUUUGGUGGCUGUUUUAACUGAAGAAGUUGAAUUAAGAUCAAUGGCUACUCAUCUUAGAAGACUUAAAAAGGGUGUGGCUGCAGGUGUAACUGAUAUUACCAGAAUUUUUUCUAGUAAUAAAGAUUCAUUAGCUUCGGGUGAAUCUCAUAACUUCUCUAUCAAAUUAUUUGGAUCUUAUAUGAAUUCAAAAAAGAGUGGUACUGAUAAUGCUGGUUGGGGUGAACUUGUGGAUAGAAUCAUUACUGGUUCUGAACAAGGAAUUGCCGUUAAUCCAAGAGCUGAAAAGUUAACCGUUACGUUAAAAGAAUUCAAACAUCAAUUUGCUUCAGGAAUCCUUCAAAGUACAACUCUUACUUCCACCCCAAUAUCAAGAAUUAGACCAAUUUUCUUCGAUCCAUUAGCAGAGAAUUAUGAAAGACUUUAUUUAACCUUAGGAAAAGUAACAGCCUUAAAUGGAAUCAAUAAGGAUGAUUUAUUAACUUUUGAAGUUACAACCCCUCAAAAUGAAUUGAUUACUUUUGCUAAAGCAUCUAAUCAACAAGAAAAACGUUCAUGGCAAUUUAUAUCUGUAUUUCAAAAUGAAUCCAUUGGUGAAAUAGUUAAAAUCAAUGGUAUUUCUUUAAAGAACCCUGCCAAAAAGAAAUCUCCAAAAGAAGAUUUCAUCCAAUUAUCAUUAUAUGCCAAUGGUGUCUUAGUUGGUGAAGGUAAACUUUUAUAUAAAUCUAGUAAUAGAUUGGUUGAAUUUAGUAAAAGAAAAAACCAUUCAGUGGAAAUAAUGUCCUUGAAUCAUAAAUUACCAAUGGCAAGUGUUGAAGUUGGUACUGAAUAUGUUGGAAAAGUAUAUAAUUCUGAUUAUUCCAUUGAAAAUAUUUUCCAAUAUGAAAGAUUUAUGAAAUCUGGAUUAGAAGAAGAUUUAUCGAUGUCCUUAGUUCAAUUCUGUAAAUUAGAAAUUCCUCAAGUGGUUAAGUAUUUCCCGGAAUUAUUAAGUUCAUUCUAUGGUAUCCUUGAGAAACUUAAAGAAGAAGGAUUCACUCCUAGUUCACAAGCUUUAGUUGACCAUACUUUCAAAUCUAUUAUUCAUUUAUUAGAUACUAUAUUUGGAAAACAAGAUCAAUAUUUAUACUUGAUUGAUAAUUUUCUUAUCAGAUAUAAAUCUCUUCCAAAGAUUGGGGUUUUCCUUAUUAAUAAAGUUGCUGAAGUUUUUUCCAAUGCAACUGUAAAUUGGAAUGCAAUGUCUAGAUCCUUAUGUCGUAUCUCAUCAAUCUUAAUGAAAUUAUCGGUAUAUUCAAUUGAUGAUUCUGAUGAAUAUGUCAAAUCAUUAAAUAAUCUUUUCCAAUCAUGUACACUUUUCCUUUCCAUUCAAAAUAGUUCCAUGGUUAAUGAUCAAGUUCUCAUUAUGGAAAUUAUUGAUUAUGUCUUAACUUUCAAAGCUGAUAUUGAUGAACAAUCUAUUUUAAACUUUGUCGUUAGUUUCAUUGAUUCCAUUGGUAUUAGAGGAUUGGGUUUAAAUGAAGAACAACAAUCGCUGAUUAAAGAUCAUAAAAUCAUCAUUAACAAAUUAUUAUUAAUUCAUCGUCUUUUCAGCAGUUUCUUAGUGAAAUCACCAACUACGGAAAAGAUUUUAGUGUCUAAAUCAAUCGAAUGGGCUAUGGAAGUCUUACUUGGUCCUACUGAUAUUGAUGCUGCUAGAUUGGCAUUAAGUAUUUUGAAUGCAUGUUGUACUCAAUUAUAUUCUAGAUCAAAUGAUAAAGAGUCAUAUUAUCAAUUAGCAUUACUUUUACCUGCUAUUGCAAGAUCAAUGAUCAAAUAUAAUAAAUAUACUAGAGGUCAUGGAUUUUUCAAACCAAAAAGAACAUUCACCAAACUUUUCCCUACUGAAUAUCCAUUUAUUGAAUCAUCCAUGGAUCCUAUUGUCAAUGACGAAGUCUUGGUUGAAAUUUUAGUUGAAAUGGCAUCUGUAUUUGUGUUUAUCGCAAGAAUUGCCAAAGCCAAUCGUAUUGAAAUUAAAGAUGAAGUGUUCAAUACUGAAAGUCUUAUCACUGUGAUGAAUGCCGUUAAAUUAAUUAGACAAGGUGGAUUCUUCCAUCAUCAAAAAUGGCUUUCAUUAUUUGCAGUAUUCAUUGAAGGAAGUUUGACAUCUCUUGAAUUGAUUCAUCCUUUACUUGUUACGCAAUAUAUUCCACCGAUUGAUAAAUCUGAUGGUUUUGAUAGAGCAUUAUGGGGUAAUUAUUUUAAGAAUUUAUUAAAAUUAGCAGUAUUACCAGCUGUAUCUAUUGAACAUUUAUCUGUCGUUCCUAAGAAAGCAGCAGGACAAAUCACUGGUACUGUUCGGGAAAGAAUUGCCUUUUUACUUAAUGAAUCAUGGGAUUCAUUAGCUUGGGAUGCUACUAGUGAAGAUAUUGUUAGAUUCAAUUUAAAGAGAUUUGGAGGUUAUCAAGUUGAAUUCAUUACCAAUGAAUUUGGAAUUAUUCAAGAUUUAAUGUUAUUUGCUUUACAAAGAAACAAAGCUUGUCAAGUGGUUAGUGUGAAGAUAUUAUGGUCGCUUUUAAUUUCAGAAUAUUUAAUUAAUGAUACUUCGAUUGAUGCUAUUGAACGUGAAUCAUUUAUUGGAUUACAUGAUAUAUAUACCAGAAAUGGAUAUAAACCAUUGCCACAAGAACAAAAUAGUUUUAUUGAAAGAUUAAAGCUUACGAUUAGAAUUGAUCGUGAAGAUGUAUCAUUUGGAGUUAUUUAUAAUUAUAUUCGGAAUUUAACUGGGUUCUUGGAUGUUUUGAAUGAUUUAAAUAUAGUUCCAGUUGGACCUGAAUUUGAUGAUGAAAGAACUUUCCAUAAAUUGAAUAUUAAUACUUAUUUAAAGAAACCUGAAAUUUUCAAUUCAUUUAUUAAUUCAAUGUAUGAAGAGAAUUUAGUCAAACAUGAUUAUAUUCAAGCUGCUUUAAGUUUGGAAUUAUUAGCUUCAACUUAUUCAUGGGAUUUACAUAUCACAUUACCUCCAUCAAUUAGACCUAAAUUUCCUCAACAAUCAAUGUUUCAAAGAAAAGAAGAACUUUCUAAAUUGAUUGCUAAUAGUUUUGUCAAGGGAAAUAGUCUUGAAAGAGCCAUUGAUAUUUAUAAUGAAUUAUUGGACGCUUAUCAUGAAAAUACUUAUGAUUUAAAGAGUCUUGCAUACGUUCAUGGGAAAUUAUCUAAAUUAUAUUCUGAUUUAGAAUCAUCUGAUAAAUUAAUGCCAUCAUUCUUCAGAGUAUCAUUUAUAGGUGCAGGGUUCCCAGUUAAUAUUAGAGGUAAAGAACAAAUUUAUGAAGGGUUACCAUUUGAACAUAUAACUUCUAUUCAUGAAAGAUUAUUGAAGUUAUAUCCUGGUGGACGUAUUGUUACUAAUGAUGCUGAAGCUCGAAUUCUUGAAGAAAAAGUUCAAACUGGUAGAUAUUUACAUGUUACAACUGUUGAUCCAAGUACUGAAAUUUCCGAUAAAUUAUUUAAUACUUCGAUUGGGGUUAGAAAAUAUGCUAGAAAUAAAGAUUUAAGAUUCUUUACUACUAUGAAGAGACUUCCUGGUUCCAAAUCUGUAUUUGAUUUAUGGACAGAAGAAACUACUUAUGAAACCUAUCUUUCAUUCCCAACAUUAAUGAAUAGAAGUGAUAUUAAAGCUACUAAAGUAGUUAAAUUAUCUCCAUUAGACAAUGCUAUUAGAACCAUUUUAAAUAAGAAUAAUGAUCUUAUUCAACUUGAAAGUUUAAUUAAUGAAGCCAUUCAUGAUAAAGUUGGAUAUGAUAGUUAUUUCAAUGAUUUAUCAAGACAAUUAGCUGGUACGGUUGAUUCUCCAGUUAAUGGUGGUGUGGGACAAUAUAGAAAUUUCUUUACUAAUGUUAAGGAAGAAGAAGAAGAAUCAAUUAGAUUAUUAAAGAAUGUAUUUGAUGAAUUAGUCUUAAUUUUGAAUCGUUGUUUGAUCUUACAUGGAAUAUUAGUCCCUGCUACUAUGAAAUUAAGUCAUGAAGCUUUAAUUGAUUUAUAUAAGAAGAAUUUCAAAGAUGAAAUUGCGGAGUUGAAAAUUAUCCCGGAAGUUGAAAGUGCUCAUAAUACUAGUAAUGGUCUUGUUCCAAUCAUGACCAAUACUAGUUCUCUUACUCGUAAUGUAUCAACCACAGGAAGCCAUAGUAGUCCAAGUAGUCAAGAUACUUUAUCAUAUAUUCAAAACAGAAAAGUCAGUGGUGGAGGACCUCCAUCAAUUGCAGGGUCUAAGGUGACUACUAGAACUGCAUCAUCAGCAUCUUCUAGUACAUCAGACUUUUCCUAUGAUAGACCAUUAGAUCCAAAUCGUGCAAACUCUAAUGCUAAACGUAAUGCCUUGAAUUGGAGAAGAAAUUAAACUUAAAUACGUUAUAUAGAAUUAAAAAGUCAAUAAACAGACACUUUAUUAUAUAUAUGGUAGCUCCCGCUUACCCUAUUACCUGCAGGACCAAUUAAUUUUUGGUUGGUCAAUCCAAAAA